AUCUCGAGCGUAGUAGAGUCUAUGCAAAGAACCGCCUAAUCUGGUUGAUACGCUCGCGGAAACUAUACAUUUCCAUUCUCGCCCGUCAUGGCGCAGCUUCUCCUUGACUUUGUAUACUCGUUCGGCAAUUGUUUAAAUUGCUUCCCCGGAUCGCCAACCCUCAAGAUUAAUAGCCGUUCGUUUAAGAUACUACGCUUGCUAGGAGAAGGAGGCUUUAGUUAUGUAUAUCUCGUACAAGACACGGCAACUGCCGAGCUCUUCGCGCUCAAGAAGAUCCGAUGUCCAUUCGGCGCCGAAUCAGUCCAGCAAGCGAUGCGAGAAGUCGAAGCAUACAAGACGUUCUCCCACACCCCCAGUAUCAUCCACAGCGUCGACUAUUCCAUCGCAAGCGAACGAAACGAUGCAGACGCAAAGACGGUAUACGUAUUAUUGCCGUAUUAUAGACGAGGCAACUUACAAGAUAUUAUCAAUGCGAACCUAGUAAACCACACCAAAUUUCCCGAACAUGAACUUAUGCGCCUCUUCCUGGGCAUAUGCAAAGCUCUCAAGUACAUGCAUCAAUACCGAGGCCCAGCAGGUGGGGAGCGCAUGGAGGCUAGCAAUGCAAAAGCUGGCGAAGAAGAAGGGGGGAGAAGCGGUAAGGGAAGACGAAACAAGGCCGUCGCGGCAGCAGAUGUGGACGACGAGACAGAACAAGCAAAACCUUUAAUGGUAGACGAACAAGUCGCAGCGCCUGGUGAGCGGAGAUCUUACGCGCAUAGAGAUAUCAAGCCAGGUAACAUCAUGAUUGAUGACUCGGGCUCGCAACCUAUUAUUAUGGAUCUGGGCUCUAUCUCGGAAUCACCAAUACCCAUCACAUCGCGCUCGCUCGCUAUUGCUCAACAGGACAUAGCCGCGGAGCAUAGCACGAUGCCUUACCGGGCGCCUGAACUCUUCGAUGUGAAGACAGGGACGGUCAUUGACACCAAGGUUGAUAUUUGGUCCCUAGGCUGUACCUUGUAUGCAUGUUUAGUUGGCAAAUCACCCUUUGAGAUGCGUAGCGACGAGACAGGUGGUAGUCUUAGCAUGUGUGUGCUAGGGGGAGAUUGGCGAUUCCCAGAUGAGAGGCCAAGAGGCCAGAAGAAAGGAAAGGCGCCGGCUGGUGCAGGCACAGAGGAGGGGGCUAUCAGCGAACCGAUCAAAGAGGUGGUGAGGAAAUGUCUAAAGGUUGAGCCGAGCGAACGGCCGGAUAUCGAAGAGUUAAUACAUAUAGUGGAGGAGGUUAUUGACGAGCUACCUGAGGAUGACGCAUAGAUGAUGAGGUUUGGGAAGAGCUAUUUUUGCUUGUGUAUAUUGUAUACUAUAACCUUCUGUGUAGGCGACUAGGGACAGGUCAUGACUUUUGAGGUACCCAUGACACUUACGGUACUGCUCUGAGAGCGAACAGGUUACGCGGGUAUACCCUCGACUUUAAA